CCAUAAAUCAAAAGAUCAGAUCCCCGGUAUUAACAUGCGUAAACCCGGCAUUUGGGUCUUGGCAGAACGGUAAAAUCUACAUCAUUAAAUCGUCGCAGCCUCAUGGUCAAUACUGUGAUUUUUGCAUCGACGAUUCCGCUUCCCUGUCGCCACACCCGCAACUCUAAUCUGUGAGCGUCAAAGCGCCCUCUCCACGAUGCAUCCAAAGUAAAAUCUACGCGAACGCAUUGUGGAUACCCAGAAAGCCACAUGAACUCGGCUACAAACGUUGUUGCAUCUUGGCAACUCGACGACCCGGAGCUAGUUUGUUGAAGGUUCCCCAACAAUCCUCCUUUAACACACUCGUCUGCUUCACAUCUGUAUGCACGAACUGGCGUUUGGUAAACGACGAUGUCGGAAGUUGGGGACGAUAUAGAAUGGGAAGGCGAUAGCGAGCCAUUCCUGCCGUCCGCACAAGCUCCGCCUUCCCUCGACGAGAUUAUCGCACUGACUCGCAGCGAAUUGACCUCCUCAUCUUCACAGGAUCAUGGCAAUGGCAGCGAUGAUAUACAGGAAUGUGGCCGUCCCGCGCUCUCGAUCCUGUCGAGGAAUCCAGAUGCGGCGAUGAGAUUGGCGUACCAGAAACUUCACGAUGUGCCGUAUAAGGAUGUCAAGACCUGUUGGAGAAGACUGUACACUGAUGCUGCAUUGUGGAAGGUUCUGGGGAUCCUAGAGUCACAGGUGCAGAUUAACGAACGGAGGGAUUGUCCGGGUAAAGAAGAUUGGGUCACAGAGGUUGUGAAGGUACUCGAUAUGGCGCUUAUUCUGACCGGGGCUCCUUCGAGGGAGGAAGUGUUCGAGUUGAUUUUCUCUGCAUUGAAUGGCGUUAUAUCAAAAGAGCGUGAAGAGCUUCAAGGAGGAGGCCGACCACCCAAGAGACGGAAACUUGACGAGAAGAUGCACGUUCAGAACGAUUCCUCAAAGAUAGAACAAGAAGCAAUACCCGAGACUUUUCCAACUACGAUCAAUGACGAGCCAAUUCUCCGCUUCCCUAUCCCUCGCCUGUCCAACUUCUCACUCUCAGCGUUCCAAUCCCGCAUUUCAGAUCCUUCAACGGCACACCAGCCAUUCGUCAUAGAGAACGCGAUAUCGUACUGGCCAGCCCUGAGUGAUAGACCUUGGAAGAAGCCAUCGUACCUCCUCUCGCACACCCUCAAUGGCCGACGGCUCGUCCCCGUCGAAAUCGGCAGGAGCUACACCGACCAGGGCUGGGGACAAAAGAUCCUAAGUUUCGGCGACUUCAUGACAGAAUACAUGUUCCACGAUCCGACGUUGUCGACGACCACCAAAACACCUGCACACGACAGAAAGACAGGCUACCUCGCCCAGCACGACCUCUUCGCUCAAAUCCCAUCCCUCCGCGCCGACAUCAGCAUCCCCGACUACUGCUACGCCGACCCGCCUCCUCCCCUCAACACCACCACCCCAACAUCACCCUCAUCGCCGAAGCCUCCUCCUCCACAGCCAAAACUCGAAACCCCCCUCCUAAACGCCUGGUUCGGCCCCGCAGGCACCAUCUCCCCCCUCCACACAGACCCCUAUCACAACAUCCUCGCACAGGUCGUAGGCUCAAAGUACCUCCGGCUCUACGCCCCCUCGCAGACCGCCUCCCUGCACCCCCGCGGCGUCGAGGGAAACGGCGUGGACAUGAGUAAUACGUCUCGCGUUGACCUCGACGAAGCGAUGCGUGUGUUUCCCGACAUCUCGCCAUUCACAGCUGGUGGUGAUGCCGAUCUGGACGAAGAUGGGGAAGGUAAGAGAGAGUUCGAAGCAAGGUUCCCGAAGUUCAGGGACGCGGCGUACGUGGAGACGGUGCUGGGGCCGGGCGACUGUUUGUACAUACCUGUCGGGUGGUGGCAUUACGUGAGGAGUUUGACACCGAGUUUUAGCGUGAGCUUUUGGUUUAACUGAGGGGAGUUUGUUGCUUUGCAUAUCUAUGUUCUUUUUUUGGGAUCGUGGGGUGUCGAUAUUCUAAAGAGGAGGAAGGAAGGUCUAUAUAAACUGGGAAUUGAAUGUUGGAAGUGAUAGAGACGAGAGUAAAGGGUUUAGGAUUUCUCGUGCUUUGAUAUCAAGAGAAGUCGAUCAAAGAAACGAUUUGGUACCUUGGGAUAUUAGACAUACAUGAUCACUUUAUGUCUUUCGAAUGGUUACAUACAUUUGAGCCUCUUAGCACCCACGAUUUCUUUUACAAUAGCCAACACCACUACUACCAUUUCAAUUCUAAACCAAUCUCUC